ACCAAACUGGCCAUUCUCAGUGCAGCUGACACAGCUCACUUUAUUUCUCAAGCAUACUGGUUUGGAUCAGGAUCAAAAUGACUAAGUUGACUAUAUUAGCAGGACUGGGCAUCUUGCUGUCAUUACAGAUUGUGUCCUCCACAAAACUGGUGUGCUACAUGACCAACUGGUCCCAGUACAGACCUGGAAAUGGGAAGUUCUUGCCAGAAAACAUCGACCCAUUCCUCUGCACUCAUGUGGUUUACGCUCUGGCAACCAUCAGCUAUGAUAAUCAGAUCACCACCAUUGAAUGGAAUGAUGUCGAUCUGUACAAGUCAAUGAACGAGCUCAAGAAAGUAAAUCCUGCACUGAAGACACAGCUGUCGGUUGGAGGAUUGGUCAAUGGUGUCAGUCCAUACAUUAACAUGGUGGCGACUCCAGAAAACCGCAAAGCUUUCAUCCGCAAUGCAUUAUUGUUCCUGCGGCUCCAUGAGUUUGACGGCAUGGACAUUGACUGGCAGUAUCCUGGUCAUAAUGGAAGUCCACCACAGGACAAGCAGAGGCUGACUACAUUCAUCAAGGAAAUGAGAGAUGCAAUUGAACAAGAGGCCAUCGACACAAAGAAAACUCCUCUGCUUCUCUCCAUCAAAGUGUCCGCCAUCAAAACCACUAUCGAAAAUGCUUACGAGGCCAAAGAGGUUGCAAGUUUGGUGGACUUUGUGACCAUCAUGUCUUAUGACUAUCAUGGCCACUGGGACCCCAUAACAGGACACAACAGCCCUCUUUUCCGUAGCUCCUUUGACACCGGAAGCAUUGUUCACCACAAUAUCAAUUCAUCUUUGGAAUUCUGGCUUGGCAGUGGAGCUCCUGCUGACAGGCUGCUGCUGGGUUUACCUACAUAUGGACGCACAUUCAUGCUCUCUACUUCACAAACUGGUCUCGGGGCUCCAGCCAAUGGUCCCGCUGAUGCCGGCCCCUACACACGCGAAGCAGGCUUCUGGUCCUAUUAUGAGAUUUGCCCCAUGGAAUCAAGCGUCCCCAUUCAUUGGAUUGAUGAACAGAUGGUGCCCUAUGCAGUUCAAGGACGAGCUUGGGUUGGAUUUGACAACCAAGAAAGCAUUACCGCUAAGGUGCAGUGGCUUAACUCCUUAAAACUGGGCGGAGCCUCAGUGUGGACCUUAGAUUUUGACGAUUUUGCUGGCCGCUUCUGUUACAACGGAGCUUACCCUCUUGUCAACCAUCUGCGCAACUCACUGGGUUUCCCACCCAAGCCCACCACUACACCACGUCCCACCACGACCGCUGACCCCAUCAACUCUUUCUGUGUGGGUAAACCAGACGGCCUGUACCCACACCCUACUGAUGCCAGCAAAUACUUCCACUGUUUCCGUGGAAACACAUACCUGCAGCAAUGCCAACCUGGUCUGGUCUUUGUUGACGCUUGUAAAUGUUGUGAUUGGCCUUGAAUGUAAGUCAAUACAGCAGUCCAGACUUCAACUAUGAUGUAUCACCUUGUCUUCCAUCUAUCCAAGCUCAUCAUCUGAAAGAAACACAAUAAUAAUGAUAAUAAAAGUGACUAAUUUUUAUGCAUAGCAGUAUGGAGUUCUUUGUAAAGUACUGGUUAUAUAUUCACUCUCAUCUAGUUUUCCUCUUGUUGUGCAGCAAAACUAUGUCCUCUUUUUUUCUUUCACUUUAAAUAAAGAUAUUUAUGACAAUCUGA